AUGAAGGCGUACAGCCCAAACUCCAAGGGCAAAGCUUCUGGUCUCGCUAUUCUCCCACCAGUGCCUGGUUCCCCUCCCGCUCGGUCUAAGUCACCGUCAAUGCCACCACCUUCCCCACCCUCGCCUCGACAACCUGUGAAUUCCAGGUCGCACACAUAUGGCUCGACUAACUCACUUUCUGUCCCCGCCACGCCAUUUUACUCUCCCCAGGUCUCUUCGGUUAAUGUACUCAGCACAGCAAAACGUCUUCUCGUACCCACCGUUCGUCCUAUAAGGCACACUCCUGCCUCUCCGCGCAUACCCCCUUCCAAGCCUUCCCCAUCGAAGCUCGGCCGGACAAGGACGGGCUCUCUGUCAGUUUUCACGGAGGUACCAGAGCGUGCAGUGGUCGGGGCAUCGGAUUGGAUAUCAGGCGGGGAGAAGUUCGAGAUAGUGGAGGAGUACGUCGAGUUGGGAGGUUGCCAGAUCUACGCCGUGGAGAAGUGGGUCGUCGCGCGGAAACGCCCCGUCCUCGUGGUGACGGUAUACACCGGAGAUCCCAGACACAAGAUCACCGUCACAGCGCUCAGCCCGUCGUCCUCUUUGCCACCAUCCGAAGCCCAAAUAGUAUGGGACGAGGCAGUUCGCAAUCUGCGUAGGGAUGGUGCCCGCCCGAAAGAGACAGAGAAGGGCAUAUUGAUGGUCACAUCGUUGGCCAACUUUCGUUCGGACUAUACUAUUGUGCACAUUCCGUCUGGCAACUUCUUGGACGUAAGGGAUCAGCUGUAUGCAAAUAUCGACAUCCUCCGUAUGGGCCUCGGUGGACGCAGUGCGCUGACAUUGGAGGAACCAAGUGACGCGACGAAAGAUCGAUUCAUUGCCCUGUACCAUGUGACGGACAAGGCACCGGCAAGGUCUCGCGACUUAUUCAACUCUACGAUACUCGAACUGGUCAAAGUCAUUCAAGCCUCAUUGGCGAUCUUUGGGAUGUUUGAGUUCUCAGCGGAAGAGCGCAACGGCCUGCUGUGCGAUGUUACAUGCGACGGCAUUCAACGAUGGGUAGCGGAGAUCGGCGAACCAUAUCUGGAUAUCGAGCUGUCGGAGAAAGUCGCAGAUCCUACCGUCAUUGCGGCUCUCUUCAGCCUCAUUCUGAGUACGCGCAGCAGGCUGCAUGCGCUUGGUUACGUCGUUCCUAGGGACCCAUUCUUGGAGCCGUUAGCAUUUGUGAAGGCACUGGCCGGGAUCAAUCUCGCAAAAUCCCAUUCAUACCCACACCUUCUCUCACAUCCGGCUUCACCCAUCCCUUCCUCGGCCUCGACGGCCAGCUCGAGCACAGCCAUAGCCAGCCCAACCUCCAACCCCAGUGUCAAGUUCCUCUCGCAGGCCCUGAUGGAAUCCAUCAAGACGCACUACGAGAAGGCGCGUCAGAGCGAGUCGUACAAAGUCCACCGCGUACUAAAGAACAAGUUCGAUGGUCUCACCACCGAUCUCCGGACAACCGCGACCGAAAGCGGGGGGCCGACAGCGACCUCCCUCAGCGUGACUUCGGAUCUUGCUGCAUUCGCCCGCAAUGCCGUCACUUCGAAGGACGCGCCGCCGAGUCUGCGAUACCUGUGGACAGGCCGCCCUGGACAUGCGGAAAAGAAGCGGCGAGAGAAAGAGGCGGUGUGGAGCGACGGCGAGCGCGAAGAUAGAGACAAGGAUAAAAUUGGUGAGAAAGAGAGCGCCUGGAAAGACGGGCGGGAGAAAGACGAGAGGGAUCGUGAGAAGGACAAGGACGGCAACCUGGUGCGGUCCGGUGAUGAGGGGGAGCGGCCUUUGUGGUCUGGGAGGAUGCAACGCAAGAUAGAAAGUUGGGCUGCUUUGAAGGGCAAGAAGCUCAGCGUCGAUUUUGGUACACUGGGAAAAGCUUUCUCGCCAGAAUCUCCACGAGCCCCAUUUGAGAAGUCUAGCCAAUCCCCGAUGGUACCUUCCGUCGUGGUUUCAAGAGAGCCCGUGGACGAAGAAGACAUGCUGAGCAGCGGUCAACAGUCGCCCGUGUCGGACACCCCCAAUCCUCUCAUGCUCGGUGUUGGCACAAUGAGCGGUGCCGAGCGAUCCGCCAGCGAACUCUCAGAAUACGACCGCAGAGUCUCUGAGUUCAACUUACGGCGCCCCCCAGGCUCACGCCCCCAAUCCCGUAUCAUCAGCUGGUCCGACACCCGCAGUGCCCGCGGCAUGCACACCGAACAGGACUCAAGAGACAACCACAUCCCUCCAAGCCCUCUAGGAAAGGCUGACUCUUCCUCCUCCCAACCACCCCAGGACGAUGGCUCGUCCGUGGGCGACCCCACCGCCGAACGGCGCUCCCUGCACCACAUGCUCGCGACUGGGUCCGACCGGCGGCGGAGCUUCGACGACGCCGCGGCGCUCGCCGACGCGGCAGACGACGUCGUGCUCCCCGUCGAGCGCAUGCGGAUCGACGUCGAGCUCUGCGGGCAGCUCCUCGUCGCGCGCCGGCGCGAGGCGCACCUCGCGAACGUCGCCGCCGUCCUCGCCGCCCUCGCCGCCCGCCUCGCCGCGCAGAACGCGGGCCUGCACGCGGACCACGAGCUCGCUCGAGAAGCGCUCGCGCUCCUCGCCGCGCGCGCUGGGGAGCUCCCCCGCGUCGAGGCGCUCCGCGCGGAGGCGGACGCGCUCGCGCAGGAGACCCACGCGCUCGCGUACGAGAGCGAGCAGUUCCAGGUGGGCGACCUGUUGCACAUGGCCGCGCAGCCCCGCGCGCGGGUGCUCGCCCUCCGCGAGAAGGCGUUCGGCACUGGGAGGCGGCUGCCGCAGGGCGUGAGGGGGGCGCACGGGCCGUUCAGCCACGUGCAGUGGACGCUCGACGGGGAGGGGCGGCUCGUGGACCGGCUGGGACGCACGGAGAGCGAGGCGGAGGAGGAAGAGGAAGGGAUGCACCUGCCUGGGCUGCUGGACGAGCCGGAGGGUGAGGAGGUGGACGCGGUGGAGCAUCAGAACUUGAAGCCGACGUGGCUGCUCCGGUUCUUCAACUACUGGGGUGGCAGGCUUGUCAGCAAGACGCAGGAGUCCCCGGCGGUCUCUGAGGCGAACACCAAGCAGGUUUCCGAUUCCAACCAGAAGCAGCUCGGCGGCAGUGAGGGGAUCGCUGGGCAGAGCACUUCUGUUGGGCUGUCGACCAACGAUGCUCGCUCGCACACGUUACACAGGACAAUCACGACCUAG